AUGGCCGAUCCGAGACCAUCCAGCAAUGCCCCCGGGAAGCGAUGUUUUGUGACCAUUGGCGCCACAGCUCCCUUUAAUAGUCUAGUCCGCGCCGUGCUGGAGCCAGCAUUCCUCAAACCGCUUCGUGAAGCAGGAUAUACACAACUACGAAUCCAGUUUGGCAAUCACGAGGGCGAGACUAUAUUUCGGGAGCGAUGCAAAUCCCUGAAGGAAGCCGGUUUUGAUAAAGGUAUCGACAUUACAGGCUUCGGGUUCAGCAGAGAAGGGCUACGAGAGGAGAUGCUUGCAGUAAAGGGACGAUCCCAAGUGGACGAGGGAAUGGUCAUCAGCCACGCCGGAUCAGGAUCAGUCCUUGACGCCCUUCGCAUCGGCGUGCCCAUCGUGGUGGUCCCAAACACAGAUCUGCUGCACAAUCAUCAAGUCGAGUUGGCCGAGGCUCUGGCAGAGCAAGAGUAUGUGAUUCAUGGCAAGCUUGGCAGUCUUGCAGACUCGAUAGCGAGCGUCGAGGAAUUGCGGAAGAGGAUGAAGAAGUGGCCGCCGCUGAGGUCAGGAGAGGAGAAGUACAGACGUGGGCUGGAGGAUGUUAUUGCUGAGGAGAUGGGCUGGCAGAUUGAUUGA